AAGAUUAUGACAGGGCUAUUAGUUAUUUUAGUGGUGAUCUAACAGGAAGCAACCGAGAAGAUUUCACCACUUGACUUGCUGUUCGGUCGCUGAUAGGUCCAUUUGAACAUGUGCUUUACAAUAUAACCAACCAUAUCAAAAUUUCAAGCAGAAUUUGGACGUGUGAUCGACAUAUCGAAAAGUUGUUAAUUUACACUGUUUAAUCGAGAAACAGCUUAUUCGCAAAAAGUCUUAUUGUGAACUGCUGAUAUUUCUUAACGUUUGCCAGCAACAUAAAAAGGACGAAAACAUUCUGGUUUUGAUAAAAUGGAUUUCUUCAGUAUGCAUUUAAAUUUGAAAUUUUUUCUGCAUCUCUGCAUUUUGGCUGUUCAUGUCUCUAUCGCUAACAUUGUGACAAGGUGUAGCAUCCCAAAAUGCAUUUCAGCCAAAGUUUCCUCUGCUUCCCACAAUGUUAUGAAAAUGAACAACAAACCCCUGAAAACAAAUGUGACAGGGUUUUAUCUUGUUCCCCCGGUAUCAAACGAGUGCUACUUCAGAACUUCAGAUAUAAUGGAAAGUUAUCACUUCGAUGGAAACCAAAUGGUCGGUGUUUUGGUUUUACGGUGUACUUCAAGAGCUAUAAUUCAUCUCGUACCCGAUAAUCGGCCCAAGUUUCCAAAUGUGAUUUUUCAAAUUCAGAUAGAUAAAUGCCUUCUCACUACAGAUAGUUUGAACGCCAUCAGUCAGCGGGUGAAAAUCAAUCAUUUUUCGUUUAUUGACACAUACCCUUUGGUGAGCUACUCCUACUGUGAUGGAUCUAGUGUUGUCAGUGCAGACUGUAGAUUUUGGAGUUCUGCUACAGCUAUCGGUAUUAUUGUUCCGCAGGGCGUAAAUUCCAUCAACAUUUCAAGACUUUUCCAGUGUAACGGAACGUUUCCUAACGUUAAACAAUUACUUUUUAGAAGGUUGGACUUAAAUCAGGAUCUUUUCUACCUCAAAAACAAAUUUCCAAACUUACAAGAUUUGCAAAUAUCGGAUUCCUCUCUCAAGGUUCCACCUCAAUUUCCUUGGAAUAAUGAAACCUACAGAUUUAACAAUAAUAUGUCGUAUUCAGAGGCAGGAUUCUACGACUCCGCAUCAGUAUUCAACAUUGAAAUAGAACCAAACAUCUGGAAACGUGUGCUGAAUUUGAACUCAAAUAACAUACAGGUUCUAACUAACUUUAUGUUUGAAGGACAUUUAGACAUGUUAAAACUUUCUAGAAAUGGACUGUAUUCUGUCGGACCAUUCACUUUCUCUAGAGUACAAGGUCUACAGCAUCUUGAUCUCAGCGAGAACUUAUUAUCAGACAUUCCUUCCAAUGCUUUUCGCGGCCUCACACGCCUCAGGCACAUAAAUCUCCAUGCCAAUCUCCUGUCCAUUAUCUCUGAUGACAUGUUUUAUGAUAAUACAGAGCUUGUCUACCUUGAUCUUUCAAAUAACAGCAUAGCAAUAAUUGGGUCAAACGCUUUCUCAAGAUUACGACAUCUAGAAGACCUAAGGCUUGAAUAUAAUCGCAUUGUAACAAUCAGUUACUCCAUGUUCCCAGCUUAUUCCGUAUCAUUCGAGUCUUUGACACUCGAUGGUAAUCCACUGAGAGAAUUACCGGAUGCUAUUUUCUAUUUCAAAACUCUAUACGAUGUGAGUCUCCGGUAUACUAACAUAGACUUCCAGAAUUUUACCCAGAUGUUACUUAAUUUAGAUUUUUCUCUCCUGGCAGAAGGAAACGCGCAAGGACAAACGACAACAGAAAAUGAAUUGCUUACAAGAUCACCCCGAAAGUUGAAAAGGAUUGAUCUAACCGGAAGUAAAAUUAAUAAUCUCCAUUUGAAGUAUUUCGGAACUGAUGUUUCUACUAGAAAUGCUGCUAUUUUAAAAAUGAAGCUCCUCAUGCUGCUGAAAUAUUUUCAUCUGAUUCUAACUGAUAAUCCAAUCAACUGUGAUUGUAAAAUCAAUCACUUGACCAGAUUUAUAAAAAAUGCCUUAGAAAAUGGUUUUCUUCGAGGAAAUGAAUAUUUCUUUAACGACUGGAAGUGUUCGUAUCCACAGGAACUAAGAUAUACACCGGUAACACAAGUUCCGGAAGCGGAAACCUAUUGUCCAAAAGACAUAGCUAAUUGCCCAGUUGGGUGCUCUUGUUACGAACGAUCUGUUAGCGGCGUCACUAUUGUUGAUUGUCGAAAUGUUGGGCUGAGGGAACUCCCUAGAUCACUUCCGGAGGGAAUCUUAGAUUUGUGGUUUCAGAACAAUAACAUUUCUACUCUUACAAGUGAGGAAUAUCUUCCAAGAACGCGACAACUUUUACUAACAGGAAAUAAAAACAUUAGAAUUAAUACGAAUUUACUUCGAAAUCUUCACCUCUUAAAACUUACCACAUAAUGAUUUGUUUUUACUUUUUUGAGCUUUCUUAAACGGGUAACACUAUCAUUAAAAUACCAUGUUUCAUUUAUGAGAGAUAUGUUAAUAUAUGAUUUGUAUGUUUAUGGUUUACAAUUGUAUGUGAGUUUGUUUGAAGAAAUGAUGUAUGUAAAAAGAUUACUCAACAACUACUAUUUUUUUUUGCUUUACUUGACAUUUUCAUGUUCUCAUGACCGUAUUUGAUAUAUUUUUAUAUCUAUUUCAGGUAUACAUUUUGUAAACAAGAUGUGUUUUUAUUUAAGCAUAUUUGUGUA